GAUGCUAAUACAAAGGAACAAAACACAAGGUUUUCCUUAUUGCUAAUAAACAACAAUUUCAGUCUAUUGGUCAAACCCUAAAACCCACCAGCGUGUUAAACCCCUGUCGAUACACUCUCUACCUACUCGCUCCACUGUUCUUCCUUGCUCCUCUUUUUCUAAUCACUAAUCUACUCUCUACUUCCUUCUAUUUCUUAUCAUAUGAAUAAACUAGUUCUGCACUAAGAACACUCUCUAAUUUUAUCUUUAAAAUCCAACACCAAAUCAGCGUUGUUCAUAUUCUUACCUUUUCCCCCCUUGUUUUUGUCGUCUUCACAAAUUUCCCAUAUUACCAACCGCUGCAAUGAAAGCUACCGUCACAGCAACAACAAAUAAUAUAUUAUAUACUUACACCCUAUGCUAUAAUAUAACAAUUCAACAAACCAAACUACGGUGUUAACAACCCAUUUGUGAUUUGUGACAACAUGGUCACCGGGUCGAACAUCUUCGGAUUGGAUGGAAGUGGUGACAUUUUAUUAUUAUUUAUAAAAUUAUCUACAGCGUUCGUCCAUCGACCGCGGACCGCUCGAUGUCUGAUCCGACGACUCCCUAUCCCUAUGAUCACGAAUUGUGAACAACACAGCCGAACUAACAAUUUAGUUAGUGCAUAUACUGAUAUGAGCGACUGAGCGUAACCACAUGCUCACAUCGUUGGAUCGCGCAUCGCACAAUACCCAACAACUGUAGUUUGUUGGCCACGCAAUCCCCAGAAGAAAAAAAAACCCCCACAGUGCUUAUGCCAGGUAGACCUAUAUACACCAUAACACCAUAGCCAAAACUAUGAUAGACGACCUCAUAAGUCAUAUCAUAUGCCAAAACAUCGAUUCUCAUAAAAAAAAAAAAACGAGAAGCUGUUGGCUUGGAAGAUCCAACUAUCUCAAUUAUAUGCUAAAAAUAGGAACAAUAAAUUAACAGUUAAGUGAACUAACCGCAGGGGCCAUCCAGCAAGGCAGCCACCAACUGAAAAACAAAAAACAGCAAAACAAAAAGCAUUCCUGUAGGCAGUUAGUUAAAUCCCGCGUAAAUUCCUCCCAACUCAUUUCCACCUCUCAAAACCAUUCGUUCCUCCCAACAAAAAACACCCAACCCAAAACGACUUGCCGUUUCCCGGUUUCCAUUCUGUGUUCUUUAUUGGUUCCCUGCUUGUCAAAGUUCGUUACUCAACAGUUUCUUUUUUUCAAUAAUUUUUUUCCCUCCACGCUGAACAUGCACCACCCAACAUUGCAUUUCCACACAUAUAAAUACGCCUAGAAAGCAAAGAAAGCGUUCGAGAAAAAAAAAAAAAAAAAGCAUUCAAAUAUGCUUAGGAGCUUUUUCUCCUUUAGAUUAAAUUCAAGAACAUAGAACUUUUUACCUUCUUCAUCUCCAUUUGGAAAAAAAAAAAAUCCAUUCUUCUUCUUUGUCUUCCAUUUCGGCACCAGCCGGUCAUCCUCGCCGCGGGACUCUUCCCCUCCUUUCCGCCUUCCCUGAGAAGCAAAGGCAAUCGAAAAUAGAUCAUAUAAGGAGCCUGAAGGGCUAUAAUAAGAGGUUAGGAGGACCUUUGUCCGCGGCGGCGCCUGUCUCUUCCUUUCUGUUAUCUCUAACAGGGAGGGAAAGGAGAAGAAGCAUCAGGGGCGGAGGGAAGGGAGACCGAAAACCGGCGGAUGACAUGGUUCGAGCACUGGAAAAAGAUCAACAGCAGCAGCAGUCACUCAAUGUUCCGAGGACGAAAUCCUCCACCACGUUAAGGAGAAUGCUUGAGAUACCUGGGAGGCAGAUUACCAGCAUGUUCUUCGACCAUGGGAAUAACAACAACAACAACACACCAACGACGACCACCACCAUCAACGAUAACGAUGGAUCCACCAACAACGUUGUUGAUCAGGAGAAACCAUCACAGCAGCAACUACAACAUCAACAAUCGAUGAAGAUCACUUCUCCGAUUAUUCCCAAGAGCAUUGUUGAUCAGCAGGAGAAACCACCACAGCCACAGCAACAACUACAACAUCAACAAUCGACGAAGAGCACUCCUCCGAAUCUUCCCAAAAGCAAGAGCAAUAAUGCAGGUGCGCUCAAUGAGACGGUGCAAGCUGUGGAAGGGUCUCCUCCUGAACGCGAACCAAAGCGUGCAGAUUGCGGACCACCUCCUAAGACGCCUACCCCUACCCCUAGAGAAAAGGGUCCCUCUGAUUUGGAUUUGAUGAAGGAGAAGUUCGGGAAGCUGUUGCUAGGUGAAGACAUGUCUGGUGGUGGAAAGGGUGUUUCUUCAGCUCUGGCAUUGUCGAAUGCAAUCACAAACCUUGCUGCAUCUGUUUUCGGGGAACAAAAGAGGUUAGAACCAAUGUCUGCAGAUGCGAGAGGAAGGUGGAAAAAGGAAAUUGAUUGGCUUCUCUCUGUAACUGAUCAUAUUGUCGAGUUUGUUCCUUCACAACAAUUGAAUAAUGGUGUCAAUAUGGAGAUCAUGGUAACGCGGCAAAGAAGCGAUCUGCUGAUGAACAUCCCAGCUUUGCGGAAGCUUGAUACCAUCCUUGUUGAAUUAUUAGAUCAAUUUGGAAAACAGAACGAAUUCUGGUAUGUGUCGAAAAAUGAUCAGGAAGGAGGACCACAGAGAAACGAGGACAAGUGGUGGAUUCCCACAGCAAAAGUUCCAAAGGGUGGGUUAUCAGAACCAACAAGAAGAUGGUUGCAAUCCCAAAAGGAUGCAGUCAACCAAGUUCUCAAAGCAGCAAUGGCCAUAAACGCUCAAGUUCUAUCAGAAAUGGACGUACCUGAUAAUUACAUUGAAUCCCUUCCCAAGAACGGAAGAUCAAGCCUUGGAGACUCGAUAUACAAAUCCAUCACCGACGAGUACUUCGAUCCCACUCAGUUUCUGUCAACCAUGGACUUUUCAAACGAGCACAAUGUCCUGGAGCUGAAGAACAGGAUUGAGGCCUCCAUCGUUAUAUGGAAAAGGAAAAUGAUUCAGAAAGACGGUAAGGCAGCAUGGGGUUCGGCAGUGAGUAUAGAGAAGAGGGAAAUUUUUGAAGAGAGAGCAGAAACUAUCUUACUCAUCAUCAAGCAGCACUUCCCUGGACUUCCCCAAUCAGCACUCGAUAUGAGCAAGAUUGAGAAUAACAAGGAUGUGGGACAAGCUAUUUUGGAGAGCUACUCAAGAAUUAUAGAGAGUUUGGCCUUCACGGUCUUGUCGAGGAUUGAAGAUGUUCUUUAUGCUGACUCGCAAGCACUGAAUCCAACACCACCAGAAGGAAGUGAAAAGCCUGAGGAAGAAGCAGACAGGCUAUCAUCUGUCGAGACACCAUCAUCAAUGACACUGUCAGACGUCAUGGGAUGGAGUGUGGAGAAAGGAGAGGAUGACCUGAAGAAGAUAGCAUCAUCAGGAAUCACAGACAGCUUGGAGCAAGAAAAGAUCAAUGCAAAACCUGUUGCCACUCCAAGAAAAUCGUCGUACCUGGAGAGGCUUGAGAACCUAAGUGGAAUGAGAAGUCCAACAGCUCGACACUGAGAUAUCCAGAAAUGAUGAUACAAGAAGGAAAGGGAAAGAAAAUCCGAAAUCACACAUUAUCCAGAGGUCCACAGAACCCAAAGCAGGAAAAAAACUUAGUUCACUGGGAGAGGGGAUUCGUCAAAUGUAAAUAUCAAAGACCAAAUGCUAUGAACAAAAGACUGGCUUAGUUGUCCUCACAACUAUGGUAGCCAAUCCCCCGUUGAUCUUGCAUAGUGUAAUGGUCCGAUAUAUGAGACGAGAAAAUGGAAUGUCGAACAAAUGGAAUGAAGAAGUAAAACUAUG